AAACAAUUUCCGAUAUACAAACCAGGCAAACAAGAAUGGAAGAAAAUCAGAAACUCUUUGAAGAAAAAAUAAACGCGGCAUUGUUGAAACUGUCACUCACGACAGAUAAAAUGUAUUCCAUGCUGAAGGGCAUGCAAGAUUCUUCACUCGUUACAGGUUCUCACAUGCAUAUCAAUCCGAGCAGCAGUAGUACUGAGUCUAUCAAUUCAUUUGUGCAAAAGUUUCAAUUUCCAUUAAAUACGGUAUCGGAUGUAUUAAGUUUCAACAAGGAAAUUUCAACUAAUAGAGAAUAUAGAACGUACUUGAUUGACACGUAUAAGAUGAUUGGCGGGGUAGAAGGAAAUGAAGAAGGAAUGAACGUAGUAAAAAAUUUACUCGCUAUUUUUUUUUCGAAAUACGUAUUGACCCUUUUCUCUUGGACUGGUAUAAUUUUGACCAAUAUCAGACUUUUAAGUCGGAUAUUGGUCAAAAUAUCCCUAUUGUGGUUAAGUUGA